UUUUAUGGGCCCUACUCAGCUGGGAUAUCAGCAUCUGCAUUAUAGCUCCCAUCUAUUCUUAGGUGGUAUCAGAGCACGACUGAACAGUGCCCUGUUGCUGUCUGUGAAAGCAGUACAACAUGGCUUACAGUGUGACUCUGAAUGGACCUGGACCAUGGGGCUUCCGACUGCAAGGAGGCAAGGACUUCAACAUGCCCUUGACCAUCUCCAGAAUCACCCCUGGCAGCAAGGCAGCACAGUCACAGAUGAACCAGGGAGACCUGGUUGUGGCCAUUGAUGGAGUCAACACUGACAGCAUGACCCACCUGGAGGCCCAGAACAAGAUCAAAUCAGCCAGCCACAACCUGAGCCUCACUCUGCAGAAAUCUAAACGUCCAGUGCCAGUUUCAACCACAGCUCCCAGAAUUGACUCUCCCAGGGCUGUAAUUCCCCAUCAGAAGGUCAUAACCAACACCGCUGCCAACACGGACUUCACGGAGCGUUUCAACCCCAAUGUCCUGAAGGACUCUGCCCUGUCUACCCACAAACCCAUUGAGGUGAAGGGCCUUGGCGGCAAGGCUACCAUAAUUCACGCGCAGUAUAACACCCCGAUCAGCAUGUAUUCCCAGGAUGCUAUCAUGGAUGCAAUUGCAGGCCAGGCACAAGCCCAGGGUGGAGAAUUUGCUGGUGCCCUCCCUAUAAAGGAUCCUCACGUAGACAGUGCCUCUCCAGUCUAUCAGGCUGUUCUUAAAACUCAGAACAAGCCUGAGGAUGAGAGCGAGGACUGGAGCCGUCGCUCUGCCAACCUGCAGUCCAAGUCCUUCCGCAUCCUGGCCCAGAUGACUGGAACCGAGUACAUGCAAGAUCCAGACGAAGAAGCCCUGAGGAGGUCAAGAGACAAGGAAAACGUUGCAGCAGCAUCAGAAAACAGGCCUGCAGGUACCGCGCAUGCGCCCCAGUAUGUGACCUCGAGUAUUUGGCAUCCUCCUAAGUCAUCCACCAGGGAUGCCAACACUGCCAAUGCUCAGCCAGUGGCCUCCAAGGGGUCUGUGAGGCUUGGAGCGGGUACAAGCCAGGGGGAGGCCAGUUUUGGCCAGAAAGCCCCUCUUGCUUCAUCCAGUAACCAAAGUACCCCUGUUGAGCAUGCCCCAGUGGCUCCCAGUUCUGCUGCUCCUGCACCACAUGCUUCAGCACCUCAGCCUGCUACUGCUGCUCCAAACACAGCCAGCCUGAUGACAGCACCAGCCACCACCUCAGUAGUGCAAGAGUCUUUCUCCUCCUCCUUCCAAAGAGUUCUUGCAGCCCCCAGCUCUCUUUCCCAGCCUAAGCCUUUCCAUGGGCCCAAGAACAUGUCAUUAGCAGCUUCCACUAUUUCAUCUGCUAUCUCAUCUCAGUCUAGUUUCAACCGGCAUUCUUCCACCUCCAUCAGCUACCAGUCAAAGCAGAGAAACACAACCCAGUCAUAUACAUCAAUGCCAGUUUCUGGAAGCUACAGUGAAAGUCCUGCUCCUUCUGCUGCUUCAAAAAUGAGAGUUGUUACUACUGCCAGCAUAAAACCGUCUGUCUACCAGCCAGCGCCAGCACCAGUUCAUUCCUACACCCCUGCCAACACGGAGCCUGCGAGUCGCCCUCCCUGGGUAACAGAUGACUCGUUUUCCCAGAAAUUUGCACCUGGAAAAUCCACCACCACCGUCACAAAGCACAUCCUACCAAGGGGUGCUCCAGUGCUAUCUCCUGCCACGAUUUCUGCUUACCCGUCUCCAGCUUCAGCUCCUUCCCAGCCCCCUGCAUUAGCCCGGGGAACAGUUCAGAGGGCGGAGCGUUUUCCAGCCAGCAGCCGGACUCCUCUCUGCGGGCACUGUAACAGCAUCAUUCGAGGUCCUUUCCUGGUAGCCAUGGGCCGCUCUUGGCACCCAGAAGAAUUCAAUUGUGCUUACUGCAAGACAUCCUUGGCUGAUAUGUGCUUUGUGGAGGAGCAGAACAGUGUGUACUGUGAGCGCUGCUAUGAACAGUUCUUUGCACCAACCUGUGCCAGAUGCCACACUAAGAUUAUGGGGGAAGUGAUGCAUGCCCUAAGACAGACUUGGCACACAAGUUGCUUUGUCUGUGCUGCUUGUAAGAAGCCAUUUGGGAAUAGCCUGUUCCACAUGGAGGACGGGGAACCUUACUGUGAGAAAGAUUACAUUGCUUUGUUCAGCACGAAAUGUCAUGGCUGUGAUUAUCCUGUUGAAGCUGGAGAUAAAUUCAUUGAAGCUCUUGGACACACUUGGCAUGAUACCUGCUUUAUUUGUGCUGUAUGCCAUGUGAAUUUGGAAGGUCAGCCAUUCUACUCCAAGAAGGACAAGCCCCUGUGCAAGAAGCAUGCCCAUGCCAUCAAUGUUUAAAAGAAGAGUUGGUAGUCAGUAAUGCUGGGGUAAAACAGAUGACUAACUGGGCAAUCAUAAAGUUGAAUAACCAUGGCUAGCAUUUCUCUCAGUAAAAGCUAGAAGUUGGUACUUUUCAAGUUUAACUUUAUCCUCUUUCAUAAAUGCAGAAUGUGCUCUUUGCAAAGUUCAUAUCAAAACCUACUGAGUGAACAGUCAAAACCAAAUGAGCUAAUGAUCUAGUCCAUUAUUAGAGCAACAGUUGGGGGAAAUAUCAAAAUUAACUAAAAACCUUAAUAUAAAAAGUAAUGUGCAAAUAUAGUUUCAAGUUAACUACCUACAGCAGUUUUACUGCUUAGGCCACACACUGGUGUUUAAAAACAACUGGAAAAAUACUUCUGUAUUAAGUCAUUUUUUUUCACAGCAAGAAUGAGUAAGUGCCAUACGUACAGUCAUCUGUAGAACCAAAGGCUGUAGCUUUCAAAGGGAAAUAAAUAGAUUAGGGCUUCCUCUAGGAAAAGUGAGUGCUAUUCCAUUAUGAUGUGGUGCUACCUCAUAGCAUCAGAUAUUUUAGAUUCUUUCCAAAUAACAAGUCUGCCUUGAAUCCAUAUGUAGCUGGGAAGCCUAGGUGACAACCCAUAACAGUUUGAAAAUAAAAUGGUUGGGUCAGCCUUGCUAGUGCACUUGGCUUGUGCACAGUAGAUAAUUCACUUUCAAAUUGUAAUGGAAAAGGACAACUGGCUUUCUCUGAAUUGCUCUUACACUGGAUGGAAUAAAACUGGCUGGAAAGGCCAGCUUUUAAUUCAAAAGCAGUUUUCCUUUUCUCCUGUGGAAAAAAAAAAUAUAUUCAAUCUUGCUUUGGUUUCUAACUCCCACUGAUAUCAGAGGGAGGUAGGAACCUACAUCUGGACCUUCACACUGGUGAACACAGAAGAAACACAUCCAUCUAGCACAGCUAGGUUGUGGGAAAUAGCUUGCAAAAGUUCCCUACUCUAUCCCACAUAAUUAGGAAAAAGGUAUUUUUUUUUUCAUAAGGCAGCAGGCAUAUACUCUUUAUUCCUUUCCUUUGUUUAAAUGCAACACAUUGUGAAUUGUAGCAGUAUUUGCCAUAGGAAAACAGUAGCUAUGUUCCAACAAUUAGGAUAACCAUACAGUCAUCUUUUCUAAUAGCUAUAUAGGCUAUUACAGUUAUAUUAGACAUCUAUCCUAAUAGUUUGAGAACAACUUUCAAGUUAUUCAGUUAUUUAUAAAAGUCUUUCUUUUCAAAUAAGCAAUACUUGUAGCACUGAUAGUACUUUUGAAUUUUUGAAUAUCAAUGACUUUUAUAUUGGAGACAGCAGUUCUGUCUGAUGGAGUUAAGAUGGAAAGUCUGAUCACUAUUCAAGCUUUAUUUACUCAUUUAAGUGAGAAUUAUGAUGUGUGUGUUGACAGCUUGCAGUACUGACAGUUUUGAAUUAGUACUUCUGAGGCUGAGGAUGCUUUCUGUGGGCCACACGCUGGUGCCAUCUGCACCUAUUUUACCUUUUGUAGCAAAAAAUUACAUAACAUUGUCUGUCUUGUCCCUCUCAUGGGUAAUGCCCAUUUCAUUUGUGUGUCUUUUAAGGGAAGAAAAACUAUACAAAGCUUGGGGGAAGAAUAAAUGAAAUUUGGAGUUUUAAAGUAAGAGUUAAGUUAGCUGCAGGCAGUCUGCAUCUUGGACAAAAAUAACAGCCUGAACUGCCUGUGGCAGUUUUGACAUGUAUGACCUGUAUUUAUUCAGUAGGUAUCUUAGUUUUCACUGAUCUUAGCAGUGAUCUGAUCUAAGUUGCUACAGGGUCAGGUUUUUGUAUGCAUGAAUUAUUCUAAAACACUAGUACAUUAUAUGCAAAGCUUUUUCUUUUUUUUUUUUUUUUUU